UCCCCUUCCCUCUGGGCCGGUGCCCUCCCUCGUCUCGGCCAGCUGUGCCCGGCGUCUGCUGGCGUCCCAGCCCCCGGCCUUCCAACCAGCCUCCUGCGACCCCGCCACGAUGGAGACGCCCCAGCUGGAGCCCGAGCCAAGCUCGGGUCUCAGCCCCACCGGCGUGCGUGGUGGCGCCGAGCGUCCAGGUCACCUCUCGGGCCUCCGGCUGGGAGCUCGCGGCUUCCUGGGGUCCCCGGAGCGUGCGGCCGCUUCCUCGCCGGUCACCAACCUCACCCAGACCAUGCACGACCUCGCCGGGCUUGGCAGCGAGACCCCAAAGAGUCAGGUAGGGAGCGUGCUCUUCCACAGCCACAGCCGGCUGAUGCGCCUAUCCCUGUCCCGACGGGCGUCCGAGUCCUCCCUGUCGUCUGAGUCUUCUGAAGCUUCUGAUGCAGGUCUCUGCAUGGACUCCCCCAGCCCCAUGGACUCCCAGAUGGCAGAACAGACGUUUGAACAGGCCAUCCAGGCAGCCAGCCGAGUCAUUCGAAGUGAGCAGUUAUCCAUCAGACGCAUUCAGUCCAUGCCGGUGAGACUUCUGGGCCACAGCCCUGUGCUCCGGAACAUCACCAACACCCAAGCACCAGACAGCUGGAGGAGGAGCAAGAUGGGCAGCAGAGCUGCCAGUAGCUCGGGGGAAGACAAGGAGAAUAAUGGAUCUGUCUUCAAGAUGCCACGGAAGCCAGCAUUUCCCAGCCAUGCCCAGGCUAUGGCUGAGUGGGCCAGCCGCCGAGAAGCCUUUGCCCAGAGGCCAAACUCAGCCCCUGACCUGAUGUGCCUCAGCCCUGAAGAGAAGAUGGAAGUAGGAGACCUGAGCCCCCUGCCCCGACACCGCUCCUCCCUGACCCCCAUGGAGGGGGCUGCUGAGGAAGACGAUGGAUUUGUGGACAUCCUAGAGAGUGACCUAAAGGACGACGAUGAAGUACCCCCAGGCAUGGAGAGCCUCAUUAGCGCCCCACUGGUCAAGACCUCGGAAAAGGAAGGGGAGCAGGACCUCAUCAUGUACAGCAAGUGCCAGCGGCUCUUCCGCUCUCCGUCCAUGCCCUGCAGUGCCAUCCGGCCUGUCCUCAAGAGGCUGGAGCGGCCCCAGGACAAGGACAUGCCCAUACAGAGCAAGCGGAGGAGGAGUGUGACCCCGCCGGAGGAUCAGGAGGAGCAGCAGGAGCCUGAGGAACCUAAAGCCCGUGUCCUCCGAUCAAAGUCUCUGUGUCAUGAUGAGAUCAAGAACAUCUUGGACAGUGACCACCGUGAGCUGAUCGGGGACUACUCCAAGGCCUUUCUCCUACAGACUGUGGAUGGGAAACACCAAGACCUCAAGUACAUCUCACCAGAAACGAUGGUGGCCCUGUUGACGGGCAAGUUUAGCAACAUCGUGGAGAGGUUUGUGAUUGUGGACUGCAGAUACCCCUACGAGUAUGAAGGUGGCCACAUCAAGACGGCUGUGAACCUCCCCCUGGAACGGGAUGCUGAGAACUUCCUGCUGCAGAGCCCCAUCACAGCCUGUAGCCUGGACAAGAGAAUCAUCCUCAUCUUCCACUGUGAAUUCUCAUCUGAGCGUGGGCCCCGCAUGUGCCGAUUUAUCCGGGAACGAGACCGUGCUGCUAAUGACUAUCCCAGUCUCUACUAUCCCGAGAUGUAUAUCCUCAAAGGCGGCUACAAGGAGUUCUUCCCACAGCACCCGACCUUCUGUGAGCCCCAGGACUACCGGCCCAUGAACCAUGAGGCCUUCAAGGAUGAGCUGAAGACCUUCCGCCUCAAGACCCGCAGCUGGGCUGGGGAGCGGAGCCGGCGGGAGCUCUGUAGCCGGCUGCAGGACCAGUGAGGAGCUGCACAGGGCCCACCUGCCCACCUCACCUCUGGUGGCCUGCGAGCCUGCUGCUCAGUGGGCCGGGGGUGCUAAGGGCCUGCUGGAGGCCCCAGGUGCUAUCCAGGGAAAGGACUGUGAGGGUGUCAUGUCUGUCUGCCCCCAGCCCUGUCCCCUUGUCUGAGUCCAAUCAUUUUCCAUGUCCUGGUGCUCCCCACCCCCACCCGAGCCCCUGUAGAAGAGCCCAGCUUGCUGGGUUAAGAUGGGCUAAGACCAGCUCAAAGGAAGUAUUUUGUGUCCAACAGGAGCCUUUUUGCUUGUUUUCUUCCUACUUUGAAUUAACUCUUUGUCUUCCUGUGUCCAGAAAAGCCCCCCUCUUUCUAGGGGCUUUGUUUGUAUGUUGGCUGAGGCUAGGGGAAAGCCACGGCCCCUCAACGGGCCAGAGCUGAACUCUCCACCCUCGUCUGGGGGUCCGUACUCCAGCCCCUGCACUUACGGGCCUCCCCUCCUCAGGAAUCAUGGGCUGUUUCUGCUGUUACCCUCUUUCUCUUUUCUUCCUUCCUGUCCCUCGACGCACACACCUACAGCAUAAACUUAAGUUCUUACUGUCUCCUGUUUCAGUGUUAACCUACGUUUGAUUUGUUUUUCUGGUUUUUUUUUUUUUUUUUUUGGUCUCUCUCAGGCUGAGGUUUAGGCUCCCACUAGCCGGCUGGGGUUAGAGACACAAACGUUAAUGACCCACUUAGUUCCCCCUUCUCUUGCCUCUGAAAGGGAUGUUAAUAUCCUAGGGAGACCUCCCAGAGUGAGGGCUAAGGCCUGAAUCCUGAGCCAGCUGAAAGCCCAGCCCCCACUGCUGUGAACCCAGGGCCUGGCUGGUCAGAAUUUGCUGCUGUUUUCUUGUCAUGGAUGGAUGGAUGGCGGAUGAAUGGAGGGGUGGACGGACAAUGUCUUGCACACAUGUGCACACAAACAAGCUGGGUGGAAGCACUUAGGUGAGCAUGACAGCCUGUGGCAGGAGGAUGUGUGUGUCUGUGUGGAUAAAAACCUUUACACUUAAGGUUUGGACGUAUUCAAGAGGAAAUGGCACGGAAGCAGCUAAACCAAGGAUGAAGCAACCUCUGGAUUCUGAAUCUCAAGAUGUGGGAAGGGCUGUGCUUAAAGGCCCUGACAUGAGUCAUCUGUUACGGCCUUGGUUCAAUAAAGCACCGACCAAGUUAAGUUGCCAGCACUGUAUUC